UCCUUCAUUUCUUUUCUCGUACAAUACUAUCUGAACGCUUAGAAUAUUUGAGCCCUCAUCCCACACUCUCUAAGCAUCUUCGCAACGAUGCGCGCCACAGCUUCUCUCCCCAGUCUCUUGACGACGGCCCUCCUGGCCAGCCGCGCCGUUGGCUGGCGCAUUCCCACUCUCCAACAAGCUACAGACGACGAAGAUGACGAUACGCCUCUCCCGGUCGUCAUCUGGCACGGCCUCGGCGACGCCUUCAGCUCCGAUGGAAUCCAGGGAGUAGGCGAGCUCGCAGACAAGAUUCACCCCGGCACCUUUGCCUACGCCAUCGCCAUCGGCACGGAUGCCAACUCGGAUCGCUCAGCGACCUUCUUCGGCAACGUGACCGAACAAAUCGAGGCCGUAUGCGCCGCCCUCGCCGCGCACCCAAUUCUCUCCACGGCCCCUGCCAUCGACGCCAUCGGCUUCUCCCAGGGCGGCCAGUUCCUGCGCGGCUACGUCGAGCGCUGCAACAACCCCCCCAUCCGCAGCCUCGUCACCUUUGGCAGCCAGCACAACGGCAUCAACGAGUUCAAAACCUGCGGCAACGCCGACCUGCUGUGCAAGGGCGCCAUGGCCCUGCUGAGGUUCAACACCUGGAGCAACUUUGUCCAGAGCCGCCUGGUGCCCGCGCAGUACUACCGCGACCUGACAGACUACGACUCGUAUCUCCAAGGUUCAAACUUUCUGGCCGACAUCAACAACGAGCGCGAGCUCAAGAACGAGCAGUACAAGAAGAACAUUGCCAGCCUGACAAACUUUGUCAUGUACAUGUUUGAGGACGACACCACCGCCAUUCCUAAGCAGUCUUCCUGGUUCGCCGAAGUCAACGGCACUGAGGUUACGCCCCUGCGAGAGCAGAGACAGUACAAGGAGGAUUGGAUUGGCCUGCGCCAGCUGGACGACAAGGGCGGGCUCCGAUUCCGAUCCAUCACGGGCGAGCACAUGCAAAUCCCUGAGGGAACCUUGAAGGAGGUCAUGACUGAAUUCUUUGGUCCCAUGAACAAAACGUUUCCCCCGGAGAAGGAUGCCGAGGACUUGAGCCAGGGGGAGCUGUGAUUUGACCUUGUUUGACUGUGCGCGUGUCCUUGUUUCGUGACCUUUUUCUCUAUUAAUAAGUUAACAGCCAUUUGAUUGAUACUAUCUUGUUCCUCCUCACCAUUUUUGUGCCACUACAGGUUUCUCUUUACUGUGUAAUAACUUGGGCGCAACUAAAUCUCCAAGAGGGCCUAUAGAAACAAGUGCACACUACGAAUAUAACAUCUUCUUUUAAUACAAUACGAAUAUUUCUCAUUUCUUCUAUU